GCCACUCCUUGGGGUUUCUUUGGGGUGGACCAAAGGCUCAGCCAGCGAGGGAGCCAUUCGCAGGGUCGCCUCUGCCUCCAGCAUGACCUCCCGCAGGUGGUUUCAUCCAAAUAUCAAUGGAAUCGAAGCGGAGAAACUGCUGCUAACCAGAGGCGUCCAUGGCAGUUUUUUGGCCCGACCGAGUAAAAGCAACCCAGGAGACUUUACGUUAUCUGUCAGGAGGAGCGACGAAGUGACCCAUAUCAAAAUCCAGAACACCGGGGACUACUAUGACUUGUAUGGAGGGGAGAAGUUUGCCACUUUGGCCGAACUGGUCCAGUAUUACACCGAACAGCAGGGUCUCCUGCGAGAGAAGAACAGCAACAUCAUCGAGCUGAAGUUCCCUCUGAAUUGCCAGGAUCCCACCUCAGAGAGAUGGUACCACGGCCAUCUGACCGGCAAAGAGGCUGAGAAACUCCUAACUGAGAAAGGCAAGCCAGGAAGUUUUCUGGUGCGCAGUAGCCAAAGCAAACCCGGUGACUUUGUCUUGUCGGUACUGACGAAUGAAGACAAAGCCGACACCGGGGACCGGAAACCCCGGGUGACUCACAUCAUGAUCCGCUAUCAGCCGGAUGGAAAAUACGAUGUGGGAGGUGGCGAACGUUUUGACACCCUCACAGACUUGGUGGAGCACUAUAAGAAAAACCCCAUGGUUGAGAAAUCCGGAGCCGUUGUGCACCUGAAACAGCCCUUUAAUGCCACCCGAAUCAUUGCGGCCAACAUCGAAAACCGAGUGAAGGAGCUGAACAAAAUGGCGGACCACAGCGAGAAGGCCAAGCAAGGAUUCUGGGAGGAGUUUGAGAUGUUGCAGCAACAGGAGUGUAAAUUUCUCUACCCCAGGAAAGAAGGGCAGCGACUAGAAAACAAAGCCAAGAACCGCUACAAGAACAUCCUUCCUUUUGACACGACGCGGGUAGCUCUCCGAGACGUGGACGAAAGUGUCCCGGGCUCCGAUUACAUCAAUGCCAAUUAUAUUAGGAACAUUCUUGAAGAUGGCCAAAGCUCGGAGCACAGCAAAGUCUACAUUGCCACCCAGGGCUGCCUCCAAACCACGGUGAAUGACUUCUGGGCAAUGGUGUACCAAGAGAACACGCAUGUCAUUGUAAUGACGACCAAAGAAGUAGAGAGAGGAAGGAACAAAUGUUUCCGCUAUUGGCCCGAUAAGAACUGCACCAAAGAAUAUGGCUACAUCAGCGUCAGGAAUGUCAGCGAACGGGAAGCGCAGGGUUACCACAUCCGGGAGCUGGAGAUUGCGGUGAUAGACAGGGAAGAGCAGCCCAGGCUGAUCAGGCACUUUCAGUACAUCAGUUGGCCAGAUCACGGCGUUCCCAAUGAACCGGGAGGCGUCCUCAGCUUCCUAGAUCAAGUCAACAAAGCCCAGAGGAGUGUCCCGGACACUGGGCCAAUUGUGGUACACUGCAGUGCUGGGAUCGGACGCACCGGUACCAUCAUAGUCAUAGACAUCCUGGUGGACACCAUUCACAGGCAAGGUUUGGACUGUGACAUCGACAUCCCCAAGACCAUCCAGAUGGUGCGGAGGCAGAGGUCGGGAAUGGUGCAAACGGAGGCUCAGUACAAGUUUGUCUACAUGGCCGUCCAGCAUUACAUUGCGACGGAACAGAAGGAGCUCGAAGAGGAACAGAGAAGUAUGAGGAAAGAGAAAGACUACUUGAAUAUCCGCUAUCCACCGACAGAGAAACCCAGAAGCAAAGCCCGUCCUUCAUCGCCGAGAGUCCACUCUGGGAUUGAUGAUGAAUCUGCUGCCGUCUAUGAGAACCUCAGCGUCAAAGCCACAAAGCUUUCAGGAAUAAGUAACUCGGGGAGAUAGCAGCUCUGGAGCCGAAGGUGUGCUGGUCGCUACAAAACAGAACAUCCUAAGGGUCCCAGCCACUGGAGUCUGCCGCCAACAUCGGUUGCUUAUUCUAUCGCCAGACCAUGUUCUUACAUCCCCAAAGCACCUUGGACUCUGCCCAGAAAGCAAGCCAAAAGCCAGAUAAGCUGCCCUUUGGAGAAGCAGAGACUCUUUAGGGACAAACCUUGGCCUAAUUUAUUCAGGAGAGAGAUCAUAGAGCAUAGAUCUUCCUCUCUCCGACCUUUUUGACAGGUUACCUGGAGUUGAUCUGCAAGUGCCUCUGGAUGUCUAUUGUAUGGAUCUCAUUUUACGUUGUGUGUUUUUUUAAGAUAUAUAUAUAUAGAUACAGAUAUAUAUAUAAAA